AUGACUGAGACAACAGCUACGGCAGCAGAGAACUCUGCCACACAAUUGGAAUUUUACCGGAAGGCUUUGAACUUCAACGUCAUUGGGAGGUACGAUCCAAAAAUAAAGCAACUACUUUUCCAUACCCCACAUGCCUCAUUGUACAAAUGGGACUUCAAGAAGGAUGAAUGGAAUAAACUAGAAUAUCAAGGUGUUUUGGCCAUAUAUUUAAGAGACGUUUCACAAAAUACGAAUCUUCUCUCCGUUUCAUCCCAAGAGAUGGACAUGUUUGAUUCACAAAAUGGUAGUAAUAACAUUCAAACAAGCAUCAGUAACAAUAAUAAUAGCAGCACCAGCAGUGGAAAUGGAAAUGGUAAUAAAAACAACGAUUCGUUAGCCGAUAACUGUGGGAAGACUUUGAGCGGAAAGGACAUAUACAACUACGGAUUAAUCAUAUUGAACAGAAUCAACCCCGAUAUUUUUUCAAUGGGUAUAGUCCCUAAUAGUGUUGUCAAUAAGAGGAAAGUGUUCGAUGCCCAAGAAGAUGCAAAGAACCCACUGGAGUGCAUGGGGGUAGAAGUGAAGGAUGAACUGGUUAUUAUCAAGAACUUGAAGCAUGAGGUCUAUGGUAUAUGGAUUCAUACAGUUAACGAUAGACAAAACAUCUAUGAACUAAUCAAAUACCUUUUAGAAAAUGAGCCAAAGGAUUCUUUUGCCUGA